CGAAGCUUAUCUACAACUGCUCGGCGUCACACUGGCGUCCGAAUCCCCCAAUCCUGAGGCACGGUCUUCGUCUUAGAGCCCGCCCCUCCAAUGACGCCAGCAGUGCGCCGGGACGUCCUUUCGUCCGCCGUGUCCAUGGACAACCUGAGAGGACGGGGCUGAGCGAGAGGAGGGGGGAAGAAGAAGAAGGAGGAGAAGGAGAAAUGGCUUCUUCGAUGGUCAGAGCCACCGUCCGGGCCGUGAGCAAAAGGAAGAUUCAAGCCACCCGAGCCGCCUUGACGCUGGUGAAACGUGAACCAGAAGAGGGGCUACAGGAACGCUGGGAAGCCCAAUGGCAGGAGUUCCUGAGGACGCUGCAAGGCCCUCAUUCAGAAUGGGAGCGUGUGCACAUGCCUGAGGAGCCCACACCACCAUGGGAUGACGCUAAAGGUUUUCUGGCCUCCUUCGAGCAAGUUGCAUCGGCCUGCCGGUGGCCUCUGGACAAAUGGGUUCCCCUUCUCCUGCCAGCCCUCAGUGGAGAGGCUGAAGAGGCCUUCAGCAGCCUCAGUGCCCAAGACAGGGGAGACUACAGGAAAGUGAAGGCAGCAAUCUUGCAAGGGGAGUCCAAUGCCAGGGAGAGGCAGCGCCAGCACUUCAGGCAAUUCCGCUACCAAGAAACAGAGGGGCCUAGAGGUGUCUAUAGCCAGCUCCGGGAACUUUGCAAUCAGUGGCUGAAAGUGGAGCAGCACACUAAGGAGCAGAUUCUAGAGGUGCUGAUCCUGGAGCAGUUCCUGACUGUUCUGCCUCAGGAGAUGCAGAACUGGGUCAGGGAGCAUGGCCCAGAGACCUGUGCCCAGGCUGUCCUUCUGGCUGAAGAUUUCCUGGCUAAGCAGAAGGAUGCCAUGGGGCUCGUCGAGCAGCUCCCAGUGUCGCAGGCUUUGGGGUUGGUGGCAGAUGUGGAGCCCUCUGAGACAGGCCAUGUUCAGUCCCCAGAUGCCUGGAAAAGGAACCUGUGCAAGGAGGAGCAAGUUGGUGAAGGGAGCUCAUUGGACGUGAAACAGGUCCUUGAGAACAAGGAAAACAGUCUUCAGUCGGGGAAUCCAGAUCAAAUGGAAUCAAGAGACACAUUGAGAGCAAGCAGUGUUUUGCAGAGUUAUGAGGGAAGAAUAAGGUGUGGGAGCUAUCAGGGAUCAGAAAAUGAGCAUGUAGCUAACCUUGAGAAAAGGAUGGAGGGAGCUCUACCCAGCAUGAAAUGGAGAUUUGAUCAGAGGGGACCAAGAGCAUACCAAAGGAUUCACCUCUCUGGAAGCCAUUUCGCUUGGCGCUCAGGCCUCGGAAUACGUGGGAGAUUUAAUACAGGAAAGAAAGCAUAUGAAUGUGCUGAGUGUGGGAAGGUUUUUGAUCAUAAAGGGAAUUUUAAGAAUCAUGAAAGAGUUCACACUGGAGAGAAGCCAUACAAGUGUUCCCAAUGUGGGAAAAGCUACAUUCAGAAGGGAAACCUUAUGAUACAUGAGAGAACCCACACUGGAGAAAGACCAUUUAUGUGCAUGGAAUGUGGAAAAACUUUUAGUCAGAAAGGAAACCUUGCCAAACAUGAAAAAAUGCACAUUAAAGAACCUGAAUAAAUUUUAUUUUUGUGGAAUAAUCGCAGUGCAUAAACUGUUACUGACUUACCGUGCUGAAAUGGAGCAUAACUAGUUGUAGUAGCUUGGUCACUAUGCAUUUUGUUAUCUGCAAUUAUAUAGGAGAACAAGAUAAUAACAGUUAUGAUUGUGUUAUGUUGAAAUUAUAUUGUAUAGCAAUAUGUCUUAUAUAUAAAACCAAUGAGGUCGGUUAUUUGCCCUUAAAAGGGUCUAAAAUAUUUCAAAUACAAAUAUACUUCACUUAUUCACUCAAAAAGUACAAAGAAUUGAGAGUAAGGCCAACACAAAUGCAUCUGUCUCUUUGUUUUUCUAUCCUUUUUUUCCUAUCUGUUUUCUUUUUUCUCCUUUCUGUGCAUAUAUUGAUUUAAUAUGUGGACAGAACUUGAAUUGGGAGUUAUAGCUAUCUGGAAGAAAUAAUCAAUCACAACUUUAAAGAAAUAAGAUUUCAAUGAUGUUGUUAAUUAAGUUACUCACUGAUGAACUGCAAAAAUGUGGAGUGUUAAUUUUUUGUGGGAAAAUACAGCAACAGAAAGCUUUCUCUUACACAUUUUCUUGACUGUGUUUUUUUAAUUCUGCCCAGCACAAGGUUCGGAAUGAUGGUGUAGUUUGUGCAUUAUUCUUCUGUUAGCAUAGCUUUAUUGGCCACCUUUCCAAAAGCUCCAUACAAUGCACAUGCAUAAAGUAAGCAAUCUUUCCUAAGUCUCAUUGAAUGCACCAAUGACAACAUGCGAAGAGGAGUGUAACUGCACCAUUCUCUCUUCAUUAGAUUUAAUAUCACUUGCAGAUAGAAGAACAUGGCUCCACAAUCAUGAAUGUUACCAGAGGAGGAGCUCAUGAUGCUAAUGAAGUUGUAGUUGUUUGAGGGGUUGGUUUUGGGGGGAGUGAUUUUUUAAAAGCCCAAACACAUGCACUGCACCUCCAACAUUUCAUCCCCACUUUUCUCAAAGACUUUAAGGAAGAUUCUGUUUGUUAGGAAGGGUUUUUUUUAAUGCUGUGCAGUACUGGCUUUAUUUCUUGUCUUUUUAAGUAAUAAAUAUUACAUUGCUUUUAAUUUUAUGCACGGUUUAUUUAACAGUGUAUGUUUUCUAUUUUUUUAUCUGUAUGUUUUUUCUGUAUCUGUUAAUAUUUUUGUAAGUGGCCUUGAGUCUCAGUUCUGGAGAAAUGUGGCAUAUAAAUAAAACAGCAAAAUGA